AGCCCCUGAUCUAUCUCUACUGCCCGGGCUUCCGAAUUCAAUGUUAGAUAGCAUUGAGAAUCAGGGAGCUGAACGACUACGAGUCUACGACCAUGAAGGUGUUGUCACCGUUGCGAUUGGCCAUGGCCAGCGUCAUUGUUGCCGAUGUCGUGGCGGGAUUCCGGUAUCCUGACUGUACGAACGGCCCACUGGCAAACAACACAGUAUGCGAUACAAAAGCAUCCCCGUCGGACCGCGCGGCGGCGCUGGUGAAGGCCAUGAAAAUUGAUGAAAAACUGGUGAACUUAGUUGAUAUGAGCAAAGGGGCCGAGAGACUUGGCCUGCCUCCAUAUGCAUGGUGGAGUGAAGCACUCCAUGGAGUUGCCUCGUCUCCCGGGGUGGUCUUCAAUCGGACCGGGGACGCCUUCUCAUAUGCCACCUCGUUUGCGAACACCAUCACCAUUUCUGCAGCAUUUGACGACGAACUGGUGCGCCGGGUGGCCAAUGUCAUCAGCACCGAGGCGCGCGCAUUUGCCAACGCCGGACUUGCCGGUCUAGACUACUGGACUCCCAACAUCAACCCUUACAAGGACCCAAGAUGGGGGAGAGGCUAUGAGACGCCCGGGGAGGACCCCGUCCGCAUCAAGGGCUAUGUGAAGGCGCUUCUUGAGGGGUUGGAAGGGGAAGACCCUGUCAAGAAGGUGAUUGCUACCUGUAAGCACUAUGCAGUAUACGACUUGGAGAGGUGGCAGGGCGUUACCCGGCAUAGGUUCAAUGCUGUCGUCUCACUGCAAGACCUCUCCGAGUACUACCUCCCCCCGUUCCAGCAGUGUGCCCGGGAUUCCAAGGUCGGCUCCUUUAUGUGCUCAUACAAUUCUAUCAAUGGCACACCGGCGUGCGCAAGCACUUACCUCAUGAACGACAUUCUGCGAAAGCACUGGAACUGGACCGAGCAAAACAAUUACAUCACCAGCGACUGCAAUGCUAUCCAGGACUUUCUACCCCAAUGGCACAACUUCUCUCAGACUGCAGCACAAGCAGCAGCAGCCGCCUACAAGGCCGGCACAGACACGGUCUGCGAGGUCCCAGGCUACCCCCCGUUCACAGAUGUUGUUGGGGCGUAUAACCAGACCCUGCUUCCCGAACCGGUUAUUGACACUGCUCUGCGACGGUUGUACGAGGGCCUCGUUCGGGUUGGAUACUUUGACCCGCCCAGCGCCAGCCCCUAUCGUUCAAUCGGCUGGUCCCAGGUCAACACCCCUGAGGCACAGGACCUAGCAUUGCAGUCAGCAGCGGACGGGCUGGUCCUCCUUAAGAACGACGGCACCUUACCGUUAAGCCUCGAGGGAAAGACGGUGGCACUCAUCGGCCACUGGGCAAACGCCACCAGACAGAUGCUCGGCGGGUACAGCGGCAUCCCGCCUUACCUGCACAGCCCCGUCUAUGCCGCUAGCCAGCUGAAUUUGACAUAUCGCUACGCGUCGGGGCCGGUCGCACCAUCCAACAACGCCACCAAAGACACCUGGACAGCUCCCGCUCUUGCCGCCGCCAACGAAUCGGACAUCAUCCUCUACUUCGGCGGCACCGACCAGACCAUAGCUGCCGAGGACAAAGACCGCGACUCGAUUGCCUGGCCCCCAGCACAGCUGACCCUCAUCCAGACUCUCUCCGCCCUAGGCAAGCCGCUCGUGAUCUCCCAGCUCGGCGACCAAGUCGACGACACCCCGCUGCUGCGCAACCCCAACGUCUCCGCCAUCCUCUGGGCAGGCUACCCGGGCCAGUCCGGCGGCGUGGCCGUCCUCAACGCCAUCACCGGCCGCUCUGCCCCCGCCGGCCGUCUGCCCGUCACCCAAUACCCGGCGAGCUACACCUCCCAAAUCCCCAUGACAGACAUGGCGCUCCGCCCAUCAACCUCCCCCUCCUCCGCCUCCUCUUUCUCCUCUACUGGCUCCCCAGGGCGAACAUACCGCUGGUACCCAACGAACAGCACAGUCCUCCCCUUCGGCUUCGGGCUGCACUACACCAGCUUCCGCGCCCGGUUCGGCGAGUUCGCCACGCUCCGCUUCCCCCGACCGUCGUCCCUCCUCUUGGGCUGCACUGCUGCGGAUAGCACUACUAGUAGUAGUACGCAGCAGCACAAGUACAAGGACCUCUGCCCCUUCCCGCCGCCAUCACAGAUGCCACUCUCGGUCUGGGUGUCGAACCAGGGGAACGUCACGUCCGACUAUGUCGCGCUGGUGUUCGUGGCCGGCGACUUUGGGCCGCGCCCGUACCCAACUAGAACGCUGGUGGGGUAUACGCGGCUGAGUGGGAUCCGGCCGGGCGAGACGGUGGCCGGGGUGGUGGAGGUGAAGGUCGGGGAUCUGGCGAGGGUGGAUGAGAUGGGUAAUAGGGUGCUGUAUCCUGGACGGUAUAAGUUGGUGUUGGAUGUGGAUCAAUCUGGACGGGGCAGUGAUGAGACGUUGAGUUUGAGGUUGGUGGCGGGGAUGGGGACGUUGUGGUGUUGGAUGAGUUUCCCCAGCCGAGGCUGUAGGUGGCAGGCACUCCAGAUCGCAGAGGAUGAGAAGGGGAACGGUAAGAUUGCGGGAGAGGAAUUGUCUGAGGAUACGGCAGUAAUAGCACGGCAGGGUCAAUAGUGCAUAUGAGGCAUGUUGACGAGAUACUUGUAGUAGU